GCGGCCCUUUAAAUUAUUAUAAAGCCGUAAGUGGGUAGCCGUGUUUAAGGAAGAGAGCUUUAUACGAAGGUUACUUCCUUAGCUAGGUGGCAUGGUUUUAGCUCACCAUGUUGUGCGUGUGUUUAACAGAACACGAAGCUAUUUUCCUACUGGAAAACUUAUAUAUGGGUUUUCACAAAAAAAAGGUCACCAGCUCAUACCAGCAACAUUGAGUAGACUUGAGCAUUCGUACCAGGUUGGUGAAGAAGGACCAAAACCUAAAAAUUGGUUUAUGAAAGUCCUUGAUACAAUUACAUUUCAAGAGGAAGAAAAGAUUGUUUCUGAAGAAGAAAUGAAAGUCAGAAAAGAACUUCUUGAGAAGAUUCAAGCAUGUUAUUAUAAAAAGCCACCUGAAGUUCCUGGCAUUAAGUUAUAUAAUGAAACCUUUGAGAUGCUUAUGAAGUACAAUGAUUGGAGAGGUGUAGAGCAGCUGCUCGAACUUGCAGAACGUGAAGGAGUUCAUCUUGAAGAUGAAAUGAUGGACAAGCUUGACGAUUACUUGCUUAACGUGAAGGAGAAGAAACGCAUAUGGUAGUGUGCGUGAAACAACUGAAUAAAUAGAAGAAAUAAGAAGUUGCUAAAUGUGUGAAUAUUUUAAACAGUCAUCCGUUUCAAUAUUAUUGAUAAAUAAUUUUUAUUCUAAUAAAAAUUAUUUAUUGUGUA